AUGAGCAAUCAACCACAGGUGGAGGUGGAGGUGGAGCAGGAAAAGGAGGAGGAAGAGGACGCUGGUAUCAGUAAGGAACCGGACGAGCAAGGAGUCGCUCAGGCUUUGGAAGUAGCUGCUAAGACGGCGGCUGCGGCGGUGACGGUGUUGUCGGAGCAGCGGGAGGCUGAGGCUGAGGCGGAGGCGGGGAGCAGUGAGGAAGAGAGCGUGGAGAAGCCUGACGAUCCGAUGGAGGAGGAUUCGGUCGGUCCGGCUACUGUGUUUUGUAUCCGGCUUAAACAGCCUCGGUCCAAUUUGAUGCAUAAGAUGAGUGUGCCUGAGCUUUGCCGCAAUUUUAGUGCUGUGGCUUGGUGUGGGAAGCUGAAUGCUAUAGCAUGUGCAUCAGAAACUUGUGCAAGAAUUCCAAGUUCCACCGCAAAUCCUCCAUUUUGGAUCCCCAUACACAUUGUUAUCCCGGAGCGGCCAACCGAAUGUGCCGUUUUUAAUGUGAUAGCAGAUUCACCUCGCGAUUCUGUUCAGUUUAUUGAAUGGUCUCCUGCUUCCUGCCCUCGCGCCUUACUAAUAGCUAACUUCCAUGGGAGAAUAACAAUCUGGACUCAACCUUCUCAAGGCCCAGCUAACUUGGUACGCGAUGCCAGUUGCUGGCAGCGUGAGCAUGAAUGGCGGCAAGAUAUUGCAGUUGUCACGAAGUGGUUAUCUGGCGCUUCUCCGUAUAGGUGGCUUUCUUCGAAAUCCAGUGCUACUCCGAAUCCAAAGUCAACUUUUGAGGAAAAAUUCCUAUCUCAGCAGUCUCAGACUUCAGCUCGAUGGCCCAAUUUCCUUUGUGUCUGUUCUGUUUUCUCAUCUGGUUCAGUACAACUUCAUUGGUCCCAGUGGCCUCCUAGUCAAAGUAAUGCAUCUCCAAAAUGGUUUUGCACUAGCAAAGGACUUUUAGGGGCUGGACCAAGUGGGAUAAUGGCUGCUGAUGCGAUCAUAACGGAUAGUGGUGCCAUGCACGUUGCUGGGGUUCCAAUUGUCAAUCCUUCCACUGUUGUAGUGUGGGAGGUUACCCCUGGCCAUGGAACUGGACUUCAAGCAACUCCAAAGAUGAGCACUAUUUGUGGAGUUCCUCCUUCCCUGAGUCCUCCUAAUUGGGCUGGUUUUGCUCCUUUGGCUGCUUACUUGUUUAGUUGGCAAGAAUAUCUAAUAUCUGAAGCAAAGCAGGGGAAGAAACACACAGAUAAAGAUUUAUGUGAAGCUGUAGCACUUCACUGUUCUCCCGUCUCAAAUUUUUCUGCAUACGUGAGUCCUGAGGCUGCAGCUCAAUCCGCAACGACUACCACCUGGGGUUCGGGAGUCACUGCUGUUGCUUUUGAUCCAACUCGUGGCGGCUCUGUGAUAGCAGUCGUGAUAGUUGAAGGCCAGUAUAUGUCUCCCUAUGAUCCGGAUGAGGGGCCUUCUAUAACAGGGUGGAGGGUGCAGCGGUGGGAAUCAUCUCUUCAGCCUGUUGUUCUUCAUCAAAUAUUUGGAAGUCCUACGUCCAGUUUUGGUGGGCAAGCACCAAUGCAAACUGUAUGGGUGUCCAAAGUGGACACCAGCAUACCUCCAACUAAUGAUUUUCGAAAUCACCAAGAAGCCGUGGCAGUACCAAAUUUUGAUUCCAAGAAAACAUCUGAUCCCUCCGUUGAGAACUCUAAAAAAGUGAUAUUCGAUCCGUUUGAUCUACCAAGUGAUGUUAGAACGCUUGGUAGAAUUGUAUAUUCUGCUCAUGGUGGUGAAGUCGCUGUUGCCUUCCUGCAUGGUGGAGUGCACAUUUUUUCCGGUCCAAACUUUGCUCCUGUAGAUAACUACCAGAUCAAUGUUGGACCAGCAAUAGCUGCACCUGCAUUUUCUUCUACCAGUUGCUGCUCAGCUUCUGUUUGGCAUGACACAAGCAAGGAUUGCACAAUACUGAAGAUCAUUCGGGUUCUACCUCCUGCUGUCCCAAGUAGUCAAGUGAAGGCCAAAUCAGCAACUUGGGAACGUGCAAUUGCAGAAAGGUUUUGGUGGAGCCUUUUGGUAGGUGUUGAUUGGUGGGAUGCUGUUGGAUGUACACAAAGUGCUGCCGAGGAUGGCAUUGUAUCACUCAACAGUGUCAUUGCGGUUUUGGAUGCGGAUUUUCACUCUCUUCCCUCUGUACAGCAUCGUCAACAGUAUGGUCCGAGCCUUGACAGGAUAAAAUGUAGGCUAUUGGAAGGUACAAAUGCUCAGGAGGUUAGGGCCAUGGUUCUUGAUAUGCAAGCUAGAUUGCUGCUUGAUAUGCUCGGCAAAGGCAUUGAAUCGGCGUUGAUAAAUCCUUCUGCAUUGGUACCUGAACCCUGGCAAGCAUCUGGUGAGACACUAUCUGGUAUUGAUCCUGAAGCUAUGGCUGUUGAACCAAGCCUUGUUCCAAGCAUACAGGCAUAUGUGGAUGCAAUUCUUGAUUUAGCAUCACAUUUCAUCACACGUUUGCGCCGCUAUGCAAGUUUCUGUCGCACAUUAGCGACCCAUGCUGUUACUGCAGGCGCAGGCACAGGCAGCAAUAGGAAUAUGGUAACUAGUCCUACUCCGAGUUCUGCAUCCCAGGCAACAACUCAGGGUGGUCAAACUGGUACAACAAAUUCAACUGGAAGCACUCAGGUGCAAGCCUGGGUGCAAGGUGCUAUUGCUAAGAUUAGUAACACAACAGAUGGUGUGCCUAGUUCGACUCCAAACCCUAUCAGCGGUCCAGCUCCCUUUAUGCCCAUAAGCAUUAACACCGGGACAUUCCCUGGAACACCAGCUGUUCGGCUAAUUGGAGACUGCCAUUUUGUUCAUAGAUUAUGCCAGCUUCUGCUCUUCUGUUUCUUCUUUCGCCGAACACAGCUUCCUCGCUUUAUUGGUGUGUCACAGAGAAGUAAUGAUUCCAGUACGCAAAAACCUCAGCCGCCUGGUGUCCCAGCUAGCAAGGUUGAGGAAACCAAUUCUGCUUCCUCAAAACCAGCAGUGAAUGCUAUGGUUAGAUCAGACGAAGGCCCAGCAGCAGCUCGAAGCGGUCAGCUCGUGCCUGGAGCCAAAGGAGUUGAUGAUGGACCUGCUGGUCGCUCAAGAUUAGGUUGUGGCAAUGCUGGUCAGGGAUACACCUUUGAAGAGGUUAAGGUUCUAUUUCUCAUUCUCAUGGAUCUUUGUCGAAGAACAGCAGCACUAGCACAUCCAUUGCCGGUUUCACAGGUGGGAAGUAACAACAUCCAGGUGCGGCUCCAUUAUAUCGAUGGCAAUUAUACUGUCUUGCCAGAGGUUGUAGAAGCAUCUCUUGGCCCACAUAUGCAGAAUAUGCCGAGGCCUAGAGGUGCUGAUGCUGCUGGCCUCUUAUUACGCGAGUUGGAACUUCACCCACCAUCUGAAGAGUGGCACAGGCGUAAUAUGUUUGGUGGUCCAUGGUCCGAUCCAGAGGAUUUGAAUUCACCUGAGGAAACACCCAAGCUCGGCAGCUCUCCAGAUUUGUUAUUAGGUUUCAGCUCAUUAGAGAAUUGUGAUGUGCAUUACGGGGCAAACGGCCUGUGGCCUAAGAGGCGUAGAUUAUCGGAGAGAGAUGCUGCCUUUGGCUUGAACACAUCAGUUGGCCUAGGAGCUUAUCUUGGGAUAAUGGGAUCACGAAGAGACGUGGUUACUGCUCUUUGGAAGACUGGUCUUGAAGGCGUUUGGUAUAAGUGCAUACGAUGUUUGAGACAGACUUCGGCCUUUACUUCACCGAGUGCCGUGAACCCAGCUAAUCCAAUUGAUCGCGAAACGUGGUGGAUCAGUCGUUGGGCAUAUGGCUGUCCAAUGUGCGGGGGUACGUGGGUCCGGGUUGUGUAG